CACUCUCAUCGAUAUCAUAAUCGAAAUGCGCAUUUGUAUUGUACAUGAUUUCGUCGUGUUUGUAGUUGUCGGCGACGACGACAACGAUCACGACGACGGUGAUGUUUUUUCGCAUUUUAGAAUUGAGACGCAGUAAUAAGCACCAAUUUACCGCUUUUCGAACGAUUUACAAGCCUAUGAAUUUCACCGACGAUUUUCUAUUCGAUUGGCACUCAUACUUCAUUUUAGUUUGGUCGCGUGCACACACAGUCACUUCAGUUGAUGUCGCAAUUAUUUUAUGUUUUCAACUAUUUGUGAAAUUUUUUUUAUCAUUGUCAAGUGUUUGAAUUGUAAAAGAAAAUUCCAUAACUUGUAAGAACAACGACAAAAAAAGAAGAACAAAUUGAAAAAAAGAAAGAAAGAAAAAAGUUGGACGAAAAAAAAAUCGAAUAAAAAAGAGUGCAAGAUGACGUCACCAUUUCAUGAAGCACUGGGUCCACAAAAGUAUGGUGAUUUUGUGUUCGAAUGGCGUUCAUUGCUAAAUACACCAUGCUAUGGAUUCAGUGGGCCAAAUGCAUGUUAUUCAACGACUUGCAGUCAUAAUCCCACAUCGUUAUCGGAGACGGAAAAGCCAUUAGGCAAGCCAAAGUUGCCAAAUUCAUCGAAAAUGUCAUUCAAAUUCUAUAUGAAUGCGAAAAAAUCAUUGUCUAACUGUGAACGUGCCGCCAUCGACCAUACCACAUACAAAUCAUCGUUAGCAACGCAUUUAACUGUGCAAAUGAAUGCACACGGCUACAGCAGAAGGAAUACGUACGAAGAAUACGAGCAAAAGUUUAAUGGCGAUGUCUAUUACGAUGGACGAUCGAGUGAAAGCCGGUUAUUGUACGACGAUUUAUCGAUGGUAAAAACGAAAGACUUCAACCAACUUUGUGAGCCGAGUUAUUACACGAAGAAUUUUCCGUGUGUACAGUACAUUCAAACGGCUGCCGAAUCGGAUGGCGAACGCACGUUGAAGAAUUCAUCACACGAAAUUGUUGUGUCAGCGAAAAAGUAUACGUUCAAUCCACUGUCGGAACCAUUCCAUCCAAUGCGAAACAUCUACUCGAAUAUGAGCUCCCCAGCCACUUCAUCGGAAUGCUCGUCCAUCGCGUCCACCACGGCCACGCCAGAAACAACAACAAAGACCACAUCAAUUGACCAAAUCAAAAGCGAACAAUUCGUAUGUAUUUUGUGCCCCGAAAAGUAUGAUACUUUGGAUGAACUGAAACAACAUUUGAAGAAUAAAGUGCAGCAACCGCACACUUGCGUCAUUUGCGGUGUGUCAUUUACACAUAAUUAUUUGUUGCAUCGUCACAUGAAACAACAUCGUAGCCUCAAAGUGUUCCGGUGUCGAUGCUGUAACAAAAAAUUCCGCAGCCUCAAUCAGCUUGGAAAGCAUUUCGAUUUUUGCCGAUACAAAUUGUACAUGUUUAUUUAAAUUGCUUGUGUUUUUUUUCUUUGUAAUUUGUAUCGUGUAUUUUUAUCAGUAUUUGUUUGACUCGAAAUUUACAUGUAAAAAUGUAUACAUUCAAUCGCCUCGUCUAAUCUAUAGAUAUAAAAUAUAAUCUCCUCGAAGUAAUUUUGAGAACAUAAAAAUGAAAUUAGAAGAAAAAAAAAAAACAGAAAAGACAAUUUAAAGAGAAAAAAUUAAAUCGUAUUUAUGGUAAUAAGUUUAUUUUUUUGUGAAAUUGUGAAACAUACAAAAUGAAACGGUAUGCAUAGAUCAGUCAAUAGACAAUUUAUUGCGAUAUGAAUAAGUUCUACUGUCAUUUUCACUUAAGUUUGGUUUUGUGCUGAACAUUUUGCUUUUAUGACAUGUAAUUGAGAGCAUCAUUAUUUUAACAAUCCAAUAAAAGAUGAAAGCAUUUAUUGUUUUAUUGCAACGGCAAUUUCUCCUACCAGAA